AUGCCAAUGAACACUCAUGUACUGCUUGUCACUGAAACCUGGCUAACCUCUGGUUCUUUCCCUACUAACUGGUCUCAAUUCCACCUCUAUGGCUCUAAAGUACCUGGUGCAUUUAACCGUGGUUCUGGUGGCAUUACUGCCUUUGUCUCUCCUUCCUGUCCUUUCUCUGUCUCUCAACUUCCGUCUUACAAUGCACACACUUUGUCCCUUAAGGUUGGCACCCUUACGGUUCAUUGUGUGUAUCUGCCUCCACCCUUAUCUUCGGAUAAGGUGCUCUCGCUUCUUCGCUCGUUACCCGUAACCAGUGAUACCAUCCUUUGUGGUGAUUUCAAUGCUCGCUUUGGAUCUCUACUGGGUGAUACUAAUGCUAAUCCUCGUGGUACCUCACUACUGCCAUGGCUGGAGGAGUCCUCUUUUUCCAUUCUCAAUGAGUCUUUAGCAUUUGGUACACCCACAUUCACAACUUUUCGACGUCAACAAGAGGUUCAUAGCAUCAUUGAUCUGUUUCUUACAAACAUUGGCGAGGCUGCUCUGUUACAUCCUCAACUGGUGGUUGAAUCUGAUCUGUCUCUUGGCUCUGAUCAUCGGCUGAUGACGGCAAUGGAAGCUCUCGAAAUUGAGGAAAAAGCGGCCUUUUGGGCUUGCUUCGUGAAUCCUUUCGAACUUCUGUUGCUCCUUUGGUUGGUUUCUCUCUCUGGUUUGGUGUCUGCUCCCCCUGGUGUUUGUCCAGAUAUUGAUGCAAUCAACGAUUCUUUGAAUCAAUGUUUGUAUGAAUCUCUGGAUAGCUCAAUUGGUGUGAAAUCUGGUCGUCCUGGCCACUGGAAAAAGUACUGGACACAGGAAAUUGAGGAUGCUGCUCGUGAAAGAGAUACUAUGUAUAGUAGAUGGAGGUGGGCAAGUCGUUUUGCCAAAGUCGAAACAUGGAAUCUCUAUCAAGCUGCUCACAGGCGUUUUCGUUCUCUUGUACAAGCUGCUAAGCGUCGAUCGUGGAAUCAGUUUUGCUCUGAUUUGGAAAAGGAUUUUUCGAAAGCUACUGCUGCAAUCAAGCGCAUUAAAAGAAACAAGGAAUGCUCUGCAACGUACAGUCAUCCAGACGGUCCAACUGCCUCUGUCAACACAAUGGCGUCCCAUCUUGCCUCUGUCUAUGAUGGCUCCCUGUUGAAUAAUGCGUCUCGCCUUGCUGCUCCGUCCAAUUUCUCUGAUUUGCCUUAUGAUGUGUCCACCGCUGAUUUGGGUCUAUUUGAUGCUGAUACACUUGUCUCCCUCAUUAAGCGUUUGCCAAAUGGGAAAGCUCCUGGUCCUGAUCAUUUGAAAGCUGAAAUGCUGAAGGCUCUAGCAUCUGACAUUGCACCCGUAUUGUCUCUGCUCUUUACACUCUGCUCUCAGUGGUCGUAUACACCAGCCCUAUGGCGACAUGCUCAAGUCUUUCCCAUUUACAAGAAAGGUGAUGUAUCUGAUCCUGCAAACUUUCGUCCAAUUUCGCUUACUUCGGUGAUGCGUAAAUUGUUCGAAUUCUCUCUGAUGCCUGCUCUUGAUGAACAUUCGCCUGCACUUGAUGUUGCUCAAGGUGGCUUUCGCCCACAGCGUAGUCCUCUGGAUCAAGCCCUCUGUUUACAUGACUUGAUGCACGACUACUUCCUCACCACCACCACUACCUGUGGUUGCUUUCCUAGACAUCAAAUCAGCGUAUGA